UUAUUAUUAUUAUUAUUCAAUAGCGCAGCAUGUACACAAAAUAAUGUUUAGGGAAAAGUAAUAGAUUAAUUCAUUCGACAUAGUUCCGAACCCCACGUGGGAGUCUUGUGCAAAGUGCAAACCGAUUUUCGAGUAAAAAGAAGAUAUAAUUGAAGAAACGGAGCUGAAUGAUGCACCAUGAAAAAUGUUAACAUUACUUUCUCUUAGAAUAUGACAGAGUUAACUAUGGCAGCUAUAAAUGAGCUGAUCAUAAAAGGCGACCUUAGUGAUGGUGCAUCUCACAUGAGCACCCAUACUCAUACUAUAUACAUAUAAAUGUUUUACAUAUAUAAAUAUUUAUAUAUACAUGCAUAAAUAAAUUAACUCGGCAUGGCAUUUAAGGACGCAUUAUUUUCAAAACUUCGCUCAUUUAACCUUGGGACUCAAACAGAAAUAACCCAGCAGAGGGCGUGGCUUCGCCUCGGCCAUUAUAUAAGGAGACACCACAACUUCAUCGGCAGAGCCGCCAGUGAUUCCCUGUGGACAUGAAAACUUUGACUAUCGCUGUCGCCCUCGUGGCGUUUAUCGCUAUCAGUGUGAGCGGUGAUCCUGAAGCUGAUGCUGAGCCCAGCCGCUAUAGCGGCGGCUUUGGAAGCCAUGGACUCGUGUCCUUCAGGCCUGUGUACAGCAGCUAUGGUUACGGACGCUGGAAGAGGAGUGCUGAGGCUGAGCCUGUAGCUGAGGCUGAGGCCGAGGCUGAUCCCUCCCGCUUCGGAUACGGCUAUGGCGGCUAUGGGCACGUGUCCUUCAGGCCGGUGUACAGCAGCUACAGCUACGGACGCUGGAAGAGGAGUGCUGAGGCUGAGCCCGGAUUCAGCUUCGGUCGCAGCUUCGGAGGUCACGGCCGCUUCGGAGGUUACAGGGGCUAUGGAGGCUACGGUGGAAGCUUUGGGGGCCAUGGUCGUUUCUACGGUUGAAAGAAUUCCUUUUGGUCAAGAUGAAUAAAACUGAGCAAUUUUA